AGAGGGCGGAGAAGAUCGCGGGGGAAAGUUCUCUUUCAAAUUUCUGGGCGGGUGUGUGUGAGUGCUUGUUCGCCAGGACGGACGCUUCUUCUGGUUCACAUCCGAUGCCCUGCGAUGGCAUUGAACUACAGCCUGGUGUUUCUCGGGCUGUUUGCGGCAGCGUUUCUACUACAAGGAUGUCACCAGGCUCAGGACGCUGAUCUUACCUUUGAAGACAGCCAGCCUACAGAGCCGUCUGUGAUCGGCGACGCUCAGCAUAAACGUGAGGACGACGCGUGGCACUUAAAACGCAUCAAGCGCUUUUUUGGUGGAUGGUUCGCUAGUACAGCUGAUCCCGGUGACUCGCCGACCACAACAGCGUCGCCGUCGCCGAAAAACAACGAGGGCCGUACGACGCGUCAGCUCCACCACCAGGAGCAAGUACCGGACUACAACUUUGGGGAUGAAGAUGAGGACGAAGACGAUGACGAUAAUGAGAUUCACGGCUCAGGAGACGGAGAGACGCAAAAGUUCCCAGACUUCCCCGGUGGCGAUCCACGGCCUGUUCUGACGCUGCCGCCGCUUGAUCAUGCGCCGACGACGCCAGCGACUCAUGGUGCUCCGGCUCAGAGAAUCUUCCGCAGCACAGUGACCGUUUUGAACAGGCCGUAUGAGCCCGCGCUGGCCAUUCCACAAACGGAACAGUUUAGGCAGCUCAGUACAGAGUUUGAGGAUUCGUUGGAUGAGCACCUCACCUUGGACCUCGCCAUGUCAGGGUACCAAGGUGCCCCAGUGAAAGUGACUGUGCUCAGGUUUGGGCAGACUGUGGCUAAUAGGGCUCCUGCACUGAGCGUCCAGUUUGAUGUGCGUGUAGAUCCUUCGGGAGAUGGUGAAGUUAUUCGACGUACCAUUCGAAGCCUUCUCUCUAGAGGUGGUGUGGACACGUACCAGCUGGCACAAGAAGGCUUUGCGUUUGAAGAAUUAGGAGCUCCCACAACCCUUCAGUGCGGCCCCAACCAGUUCAAGUGUGAUGAGGGUAAACGCUGUGUGGAUGAGAGCAGACGUUGUGAUCGUCGUCACGACUGUAUUGACAGAACAGAUGAAGCUCAUUGUCCCAGUCCUCCUCCCCCUGCCAGUGUACAGUGUGGCCGAGACCAAUUCCUCUGUGACGGUGGACGUCGUUGUGUGGAUAACUUCAGGCGUUGCGAUAACCACCGGGAUUGUCUUGACAAUUCUGAUGAGAGAGGCUGUCAGUCCCAAUGUGGCCCUCGUGAAUUUGAAUGUGACGGAGGUCGUACUUGUGUGGAAGAAAGGCGACGAUGUGAUCUCAUCCGGGACUGCAGUGACGGAUCAGAUGAGGAAAACUGCCGUACACCGUCAGAUACCCAUCCUCGUGUACCCACUCAUGAGCGGUGCAGUCCGGGAGAAUUCAGGUGUUCAUCGGGUGAGUGCCUCGACGGGACCCGAAGGUGUGACCGUACCAGAGAUUGCCCUGGAGGAGAGGAUGAAGAAGGCUGCUUGGAGUGCCCUCCCCACGAAUUCCGCUGCGAGCGUCAUGGCUGCAUCCCAAUGUCAAAACGCUGUGAUGGUGUCCAGGACUGUCCAGAUGGAAGUGGCCUGGAUGAACGCGGAUGCCCGGAGCCGUCGGAUGACUGCAUACCCCACAAAGAGUUUCGGUGCAGUAAUGGCGAGUGCAUUGCUCGGGGAUUGCUAUGCAAUGGGAGGAAAGAGUGCACGGAUGGCUCCGAUGAGAGGAACUGCCCAUGCAGGGCCAACCAGUUUCAGUGUAAGAAUGGCUUUUGCAUCAACAUCUACCGGCGCUGUGAUUCGUACAACGACUGUGAAGAUCACAGCGAUGAGGACGGUUGUCCUGGCAAGUGCUCCCCAACGGACUUCCGAUGCCGUGACGGAUCGUGUCUCCCCGCCUCAAGUCGUUGCAACGGGACCGAGGAAUGUGCAGAUGGCUUUGAUGAACUACAUUGCUUGCCCCCGUGUCGGCAUGACCAGUUCAGAUGCCGUAGUGGCAGUUGCUUGGACAAUGCGCGAAGAUGCGACAGAAUCUCCGAUUGCCCCGGCGGCGAAGAUGAGCUUUCAUGCACUGAGUAUUGCCGCAGCAAUGAGUUCAGGUGUACCUCGGGCCAAUGCGUCGACCAAAGUCGGAAGUGUGAUCGCCGCAGGGACUGCGACGAUGGAAGUGACGAGGAAAAUUGUGUCUUUCCGGACAAAUGUUCCGCUCAUGAGUUUCAGUGUAGUGACGGUACUUGUGUCCCCAUCUACCUCCGUUGCAAUGGCCGUGUUGAGUGCAGAGACUCCUCUGAUGAGAAGGAUUGCCGCAAGCUUUGCGCUUCAACUAUGUUUCGCUGUGCUGAUGGAGACUGCAUUCCAUCAAAGCAUCACUGCGAUGGCAAAUACGAUUGUGAUGACGCAUCUGAUGAGGAUGAAUGUGAAUGCAAAAGUGACGAAUUCAAGUGCACGAGUGGCAUGUGCAUUGAUGCACGCAGGAAAUGUGAUGACAGAGUUGAUUGCGAUGACUUCUCAGACGAAGCACACUGUGCUAAGGAAUGCAAAAGCCACGAGUUCAAAUGCCGAAGUGGCAUGUGCAUUGACGCACGGAGACGGUGUGACGGACGGACGGACUGUGAGGACUUCUCAGAUGAAGCAGGCUGUGUUACGGAGUGCAAAGACCACGAGUUCCGCUGCGGAGAUGGAAAAUGCAUUGACAGCAGGCGGAAGUGCGACGGCCGUGCUGACUGCGGCGACUUCUCUGAUGAAGCUGAUUGCCAAUGCAAGGACCACGAAUUCCGUUGUGGUGGCGGGAAAUGCAUUGAUAUGCAUAAGCGCUGUGAUGGCACUGCGGAUUGUCGAGACUACUCCGACGAAAGGGAUUGUGAUUGCAAAGAGAGUGACUUCCGCUGUGGAGACGGCACUUGCAUUGACCUCUCCAAGCGCUGUGACAAAACUGCAGACUGCAAAGACAACUCUGAUGAGCACAAUUGCUCUGUGUCCCAAGCAUGCAGGGCUGAUGAGUUCAGGUGCAAAUCAGGUGAAUGUAUUCAGCACACAUUAAGGUGCAACCGUCGAAGAGAAUGCCCCGAUGGAAGCGACGAAGACAACUGUUGCACGUCUGAUGAAUUUCACUGCAGAAGUGGUGAAUGUAUUGCCAAACACUUCAGGUGCAACAACCAGUAUGAGUGCAGAGAUGGAUCUGAUGAAUCGGAGUGCCGGGUCUGUCAGCCCGGACAGUAUGUGUGCGCCAACUCCCAAUGUAUCGAACGCUCACAGCGUUGCGAUGGCAAGUAUGACUGCAGAGACUUCUCUGAUGAAGCUGGAUGUGAUGCUGACGCUGGAAUGAACAUAAGGGUUUACCCGGAAAGACAAACUAUUAGACAGAGUCAGGAAGUCGUGUUCCGGUGCCGAGACGAGGGCAUGAGGAGAUCUCAAGUGCGUUGGUCACGUGCCGAUGAUGCCCCACUACCUCCCGGGUCGACUGACGCUCGGGGCCGCCUGACCAUGCCCAACAUCCAGCCAGAGCAUGGCGGGGUCUACCUGUGCAAGGCAGUGGGAGCCCCUAGUGGAGCGACUGGUGCACAGAAAGCUGCUUUUCUCAUCGUACAGCCAUACACGCCGCCCACCCAUAAACCCACACGGCCAACAGAAGCCUGCAAGCACGAAGAAGCGACGUGUCAAAACGGGCAGUGCAUUCCACGCAAAUAUGUUUGUGAUGGAGACUACGACUGUGAGGAUGGCUCUGACGAAAACAACUGUGUCCCACAGUCUCAUUGUGAACCUAAUGAGAUGCAGUGCGACAGCAAGAAGUGCAUUCUGAAGGUGUACCACUGUGAUGGAGAUGACGAUUGUGGAGAUGGCACAGAUGAACGUGGCUGCAGGGAAUCUAUCCCUGGGUCUCCCUGCCGGGCGGGAGAAUACCAGUGUCUCUCUGGAGACCAGUGCAUUCCCAAGAGCUUCCAGUGUGACGGAGAGUUCGACUGCCAGGAUAAAUCUGAUGAGAUCGGAUGCUCGGCACCAACUAUCACCAUCCCUCCUCCUGAGGUGGUUACAGUCAUUGAGGGCGAAACUGUUAACAUCAGCUGUACUGCUAUUGGCCACCCUGUGCCGCUUAUAAACUGGCGCCUCAACUGGGGUCACAUCCCACCACCGCCCCGGGUUACAACGAGCAGCGAAGGAGGGCACGGAGUGGUCACUAUUCGCGAUGCAAAGCCAUCCGAUCAGGGAGCAUGGUCUUGCGAAGCCAUAAACAGCAAACAGAGUGUGAUUGCUACGCCCGAUGCCAUUGUUGUUGUCAAGUCAAGAGGAGUGUGUCACCCGCCCAUGUUCAACGACAAGGCAAAGUCAACGUCGGACUGUCUUCGUUGCUUCUGUUUUGGAGUGUCUCAGAACUGCCAUAGCAGCAGCUUGUACAAGACGACGAUUCCUCUCGUGACUGGGGUCUCCCUAGCUACGUUCACGCCUCAACCCGAUGGAAGUUACAUGGACGUGACCCACAAGUUUCCGCCAAACCAGAAUGCUGUUCAUUUUGAUUCGGCCAAUAGGAGGUUCAGAAUAGACAGUCAAGUGAAGACAUCAGAUGCUCCAGUAUCUUACUACUGGAAUCUCCCUGCAGAGUUCAGAGGAAAUCAGCUAAACAGUUACGGAGGCCACCUGAAGUACACGUUCAGGUACAAAGCAUCAGCAAGGCCGUCUGCUGUUGCAGACGUCAUUAUUUCUGGCAAUGGUCUGACCCUAACACACACCCUGAGGCAGUCCUAUGGCCCACAGAGAGACAACACAGUUCAAGUACAAUUUGCUGAGGGUGAGUGGUUGAAGACACCAAGUGCAGAUCAUCACGGCAGACACAGGGGCUCCAAGGAUAUCGCCACUCGUGAGGACAUCAUGCAGGUCCUGCAGAAUGUCGAGAACAUUUUUGUCCGUGCUAGCUUCGAUGACAGCCUCACAGAGUCAAGUAUCGAAAACAUUGAAAUUGAAUCUGCGUCGUACAUUGACCCGAAGAAUGAACCGGCCGUCCAUGUUGAGCAGUGUUCCUGUCCAGAGGGUUACAUCGGUAACUCUUGCGAGCACUGUGCACCAGGCUACGUGAGGAGACGUUCUGGCCCCUACCUUGGAGAAUGCUUGCAGGGUGUCCUGCCCUGUAGUUGCAACGGCCACUCAAACUCGUGCGACCAGCAAACCGGCCAGUGUCAGAAUUGUCAACACAACACGGACGGUCCCCACUGCGAGGUGUGCAAGAGGGGGUACUAUGGUGAUGCCAGGAGGGGUACACCCAGUGAUUGCCAACCCUGCCCAUGCCCGUUUGUCACUGUACCCAACCAGUUUGCUCCAACCUGUGAAGUUGAUGCACAUGGUGAUGUGACUUGUACCUCCUGCCCCAUUGGAUACGAAGGCCGCCUCUGUGAAACGUGCGCGCCCGGGUAUGAACGGUACCCUCCCAGCCCCGACGGCGUGUGCCGUCAAAAAGAAUGUGAACAAGGGCAGUUCCAAUGUGGAGAUGGGUCAUGCAUAGAAGCCAGGAGGAGAUGUGAUGGUCGCUACGAUUGUAAUGAUUAUUCGGACGAACAGAAGUGUGCUUGCGGUUAUAACCAGUUCAGAUGUCCUGACGGCACUUGCCUAAAUAUGCGUCAGAAAUGUGAUGGGAAACCUGACUGUGUAGACAUGUCAGAUGAAAAGAAUUGUGGUAGUACUCAGUGUGAUCCAGCUGGUAGUCUAAGUCCCGAGCCCAAUCCUCUUACUGGGCUGUGCCAAUGCAAGCCUAUGGUCACUGGGGCAGCAUGUGACCAAUGCAAGGCCAAUUCCUUCUACUUACACCCAAGUGCUCCCUAUGGAUGCGUUGAAUGCUUCUGCAUGGGAAUUACAAAGUCUUGUUCCAGCAGCUAUUACCACCGAGAACAGGAGGUGCUGAAGUUCACUUCAAGCACAGAAGGGGUCCACCUGACCAGCCUCGACCGGACAGUAACAAUAGACAGGGGGCUGAAGCUUGAUCCUAGGAGCAAGGAACUUGUUUACCAGGACUUUUCUUCACACCCUCAGCAGACUUACUACUGGUCACUGCCACCGCGAUUUUUGGGUGACAAGGGUACUUCCUAUGGAGGAUUUUUCAACCUCACGCUUCGUAGCGAUGGUUCUGGAACUCCAAACGUGGAUCCUUUUGCCCAGAUCAGGGGGAACAAGAUCAUCCUGAUGUACCGUCAUCCGGAACAGCUGAGGUACCGGUUCCCGCAGCACAUUUCCAUUCCAAUGUAUGAGACAUCUUGGGUGCGAGACGACGGCCUGCCGGCAACAAGAGAACAUUUCUUGAUGGCUCUUGCCGAUCUUUCUGCCAUUUACAUCAGGGCAACGUUUGGCAGUGACACAGAUGCUGCUAGUUUGGUGGAAGCAUCCCUCGACAUAGCUGUGCCUUACCCCACGGGUCAGCCAAUGGCUCAUGCUGUGGAACACUGUCGCUGUCCAGUGGGAUACAAGGGCCUGUCAUGCGAAGACUGUGACGCAGGUUACACAAGGUCAGGUGCUGGCCUCUACCUUGGCCUUUGUGUGCCAUGCUUUUGCAAUGGACACUCCAGUGACUGUGACCCUGAGACUGGGGUCUGCAGAAACUGUCAGCACAACACUCACGGUGAAUACUGCGAGCAAUGUCUUCCUGGAUUUCAUGGCAAGGCAACAGAUGGAAACCCAAGUGAUUGUGAGAUUUCUCAGGAUUCUACCUGCAAGUGUGACCCUCGAGGUAGCACGAGGCCGGACUGUGAUGCUAGGGGCACCUGUUCAUGCAAGGCAAAUGUUCAAGGCAGCAACUGCAAUCGUUGCAAAGACGGUCAUUUCAACUUGGAGCUGUCUAACCCUGAAGGGUGCUCACCCUGCUUCUGCUUCGAUGUGACCAAAGUGUGUAGCAGCAGCUCAUACUACAGGAACGAGACUGCCAUGCACUUGAGAGGACUGAGUGACCCAUAUUCUCACAACUUCCAACUGUCAAAUCGAUACCACAGCAGUGUUGUAACGGAAGCCAUCAUUGUAAACCCCAGCAGCAACGAAGUCAGCUACUCUUCCUUCCCGCGGGAUCCCGUAGCAAAGGAGACACUUUUCUGGUCUCUUCCGGCACAGUUCCUCGGAAAUAAGCUUUCUUCCUAUGGUGGUGUACUCAGAUACACUCAGCACUUCACCGCUGACGGUGAAGGCGAAACUUACAGCGACGCUGACGUUCAGAUCAGCGGAAACGGUGUCACGUUAUUCCAUGUAAACAUUCCUCCUCUCCCACCUUCUGAGACCAGAACGUUUGAAAUCACUUUACGAGAGGCUUACUGGCAAAAGGUGGACUCUCGGGGACCAACCGCAUCCACAAGGGAAGACCUCAUGAAGGCCCUGGCAAACAUUGAAGUCUUACUCGUCCGUGCAUCUUUCAACUCUCACAUGCGUAGCACGAGCUUGAGAAAUGUGUCUCUCUCGACUGCUGUGCCGCACCGCCAGGGGGGCCAUGCGGUUGCCGUUGAAGUUGAACAGUGUACCUGUCCCCCUGGGUACAACGGCCUUUCCUGCGAGGAGUGUGCCCCCGGUUAUAUCCGCGACACAAGUGGUCCUGGCCUGGGACGCUGCACACGUUGCAGAUGCAAUGGUCAUUCCGAGUCCUGUGAUGCUGCCACUGGGAACUGUGUGCGUUGCCGCCACAAUACGGUUGGAGACUUCUGCCAGAAGUGUGCCGAUGGCUUUUACGGUGAUGCCACUAGAGGUACCCCUGAAGACUGCCGCCCAUGUCCAUGCCCACACACAGUACCCUCAAACCAAUUUUCUCGGACAUGCUUCUUAGAUACUGACAGCAACCCAACAUGUAACGCGUGUCUGCCUGGCUACACCGGACGAAACUGUGAACGCUGUGCCCCAGGCUACAAAGGCACCCCGUCUCAACUGGGCGGACGGUGUGAUAGUUCGUCUGAUGUUGGACCUUCUAUGAGCGUUCGAGUGGAAGAACCCCGAGAGCAGCGGGUGCGGGUCGGCACGACAGUCACCCUCAGGUGCACCGGUACUUCUCAGUUUAACGCGCCAUUUUCUCUUGUGUGGACAAAGGAACCAUCUGUUGGAGCUGCCCCUGGAGCAGCUGCUCCUAGGGCUACCCCUCGCCUUACAGAGGCCAGUGGCAUUCUUACGAUAUUUAACGUCCAACUCGAAGAUGCUGGAACAUAUGUCUGCACAGGAUCAGACACGACGAGUACCGUUCAAGAAGCAGCCAUUCUGCGUGUUGAUGAUGUGGAUCAGAAUGCUGCACCCAGAAUUCGCAUUGAGCCACACUACCAAGAAGUGAAAGUACAUCACCCCGUAGAGUUCCGCUGCAUCGGUGAAGGGUUCCCACCACCAAAGCUCAUUUGGACGGGAGGACGUGGAGGAGUCCUCAACCCAGAAUCCACAUUCAUCGGCGGAGUGUUCAGAAUUCCAUCCGCUCGCAAGGACGACGAAGCAGAAUAUUUCUGCACUGGAACAAACUCUUUGGGCACAGAUCGUGUCCGCACUGUGCUCUUUGUUCGAGGCGAAGAUACAAAUGUUGGUGAGGGCCCUCAUGUGAAUAUACACCCAAAGAGCCACGACGUACGUAAGGGGGAGACCGUGCACUUGGACUGCCGUGCCACCGGCCAUCCUGCACCAAACCUUACAUGGUCAUUCCAAUCUGCAGACAGUGAGCGUCUUCCCGCAAACGCAAACCAGGUCGGAGGUCGCCUUACGCUUCUCGAAGUGGAUGAAAAUAACGAGGGCAACUAUUUCUGCACUGCCAAAAACCGCUAUGGAACUACACAUGGACACACCUCUCUACGUGUUAUGACAAGAGGAAGCAUUCCCUCCAUACACAUGGUGCCAGAGCGGCAAACGGUGAAGCAAGGCGAAGAUGCGGAGAUACGCUGCAAGACGCUGGGAACCCACAAUCCCGUGAUUUUCUUCUCCAAAGUGGGAGAACCUAAUCUCUCGCAACGACACAUUGUACAAGGUGACACGCUCAUAAUCCAACAAACUGAAGUCGAAGAUCGGGGCCGCUACGUGUGUGAAGUACAAUACGAUGGAAAGACAGCUCGAUCAGUGUCUGAAUUGGAAGUAGAAAGGCGGGAACCGCCUGCAGUUGAGAUAUAUCCCCCGAACUUGGCUCCGAUCCAGGAUGGAGCGGGAGCACUACUCCAGUGCAGAGUCACAGCCGGCAUUCCAACUCCUACCGUGGAGUGGACGAGGGCUGAUGGUAGUCCCUUCACACCGAGCACCGAAUUAAUAAAUCCUGGCAUCCUAAGAAUAAACAGAUUUACGAGGGAUGAAGCCGGAGAGUACAGAUGCACGGCUAAGAACGAAAUGGGGGAGGUUACCGCGUCAGCAACGUUGAGAGUGCACGGGUCCCCUCGUGUAAGAAUCCUGCAGCAAAACCCGUACAAUGUCAGAGUUGGCGACCAGAUACGGUUGGACUGCGUGACCCAAGGGGAUCCCAAGCCCAAGGCCUUCUGGAGCAGGCUGCGUCAGCCUAUCACAACCUAUUCCAGCGUUGAAGAUGUGCAGGAUGGUACCACGACACUCUUUAUCCGGCGGGUCGCUCCGUCGGACGCUGGCGUCUACAUCUGUAAUGUCAGCAGUGCAGAAGGAACGGCUCAGGAAAGGAUACAAGUUGUGGUACAAAGCGACAAUACGGGUGUACCAGGCGGGGUCGUCGAGCCGCAGACAGCUACAGCAAAAGUUGGAGAACCCGCGACACUACGCUGUCGUGUAGAAGAAAUGGAUCAACCCGUUCAGUACAAGUGGGUGAAGGUGCACGACGGCAACAUGUCCGAACACACCGUAGACAAUGGAAUGCUGAUCUUCCGCAGCAUACGGCCCUCGGAUGCUGGAGAGUACGCUUGCCAAGUAGAAGAAAAUGGCGUGAAAGUUUUUGAAAGGCACAUGAGGCUCGUUGUUGUGGCACCUCCUACAAUCCAGCUGAACCCCACAAGGCAACACGUCCGCUCCGGCCACCACGUGUACAUUCAGUGUACCGCAACCGGGGAUCAACCCAUUACCUUCCACUGGACGAGAGAGGGGGAAGAACUUCCCGGAAGCGUUGUGCAAAGGGACGGUAUCUUAGAGUUCAGGGGCAUUGCUGCUUCUGAUGCUGGCCGAUAUAUCUGCACUGCAGUCAACGCUGCAGGGCAAGCAGCGGGCACUGCAGAAGUAAUUGUGGCCGACGGCCAUCCAGCAGGAAACUUGAAAAAGGAGGAGACUGCGUUUGUGGGGUCAAACGUCGAACUCAAGUGUCCUCUUCCUGGCGUCCAUCCCUCGACAAUCGAGUGGACAAAGGAUUCGAGACCACUGCCUCAGAAUGCUAGAGUGUCCAACGGAGAACUCUGGAUCCGAGAUGUUCGACGAGAAAAUGCUGGAAGGUACAUUUGUCUCUCCAAGCCUCCAGGAACGCAGCCAGUACGAGACUACGUCAUUCUUCAUGUGAAAGACGUCCCAAGCUUUGAAGUGAAAAUCCAGCCCAGUAAGGAAUAUGUCCACAUGGGCGACACGCUGGACCUGCACUGUCGCAUCACGAGUGACGCCGCCACCUCCGUCAAGUGGACCAAGCUUUCUAAAGAUACUCAAUUCCCUGACAAUGUUCGAGUGAGAGGACCAGUACUGUCCAUAAAUGGAGUCAGGCCAGAGAAUGGAGGAGUCUACCGGUGUUCUGUCGACAGCCCAGGGGGAGCCCUGAACGAUGACUAUGUCCUUGCUAUCGAAGAAACUCCGACGGUUCCUCCAAAUGAAGUGGAGACCCGUACUGCACCGUACGGAUCAACUGUCAUCCUGGACUGUGUCACUAAGGUCAAGCUGGAUGAUCCCGUAGCCUAUACUUGGUCCAAGCAGAGUGGAAUCCUCCCUCACAAGGCGGAGUCUCAUCAUGCCACCCUCAAGAUCCCCGACCUCAAGUCUACAGAUGCCGGAACUUAUGUGUGCACAGUGAAGUCUGAGCAUUCUACAUUCGAGGUGCCAACAAUCCUUGUUGUUACAGGUCUUCUUCCACGUUUCACUCAGGCACCUCUAUCGUACAUGAAGCUACCUACAAUCCCGAACGCCUACAUGUCUUUCGAAAUUGAAAUAAAGUUCAAACCAGAGAAGGACAAUGGUCUACUUCUGUAUAAUGGUCAACAGGAAGAUGGUGGCGGUGACUUCAUCUCGAUGGGACUCACUGACGGCUACGUAGUGUUCAGAUUUGAACUCGGAUCGGGACUCGGGUACAUCAGAAGUGAGCAACCCGUCCAGGUGGAUGCAUGGCAUACGGCCAAAGUUACAAGAGAGAAGAAAGUCGCCACCCUCAAGGUUGACGAUCAGUCAGAAGUCACUGGUUCCUCUGGAGGAAGGAUGAUGGGCUUGGACCUGACACAGAACCUCUUUGUUGGCAGUGUGCCAAGCUUUGAUAAGAUAUCGAAGGCCAGUGGCUACGCAGAAGGCUUUGUUGGGUGUGUCAGCAACAUCAAGUUUGGUCCAGUCAACGUGGACUUUGGACGAGAAGCGGAAAUGGUCGGAACGACGCUUUGCGAGACUUGCGCUGUUAAUCCCUGCCUGCACGAUGGCGUUUGCCAAGAGGCGCCAACAGAAGGCGGUUACCGGUGCAUAUGCCCACCGGGAUUUUCAGGGCAGGACUGCGAGAUUGUGGGAGAAGCAUGUUACCCAGGGGUGUGCGGGGAAGGCCGAUGUGUCAACAGGGCCGGUGGUGGCUUCGACUGUUACUGUCCGUUUGGCCGUACUGGGUUGCGCUGUGAGAAAGAUAUCUCCAUCAUAGAACCAGCACUGUCAGACGAUGCAUAUUUGGCCUAUCCAACUCCCAGUGGUGCCCAGUCGAGUCUCAAAUUCGAUAUGAAAUUCAAGCCAAACAAACUGGACGACUGUCUGCUUAUGUACUGUGCUCAGUACCCAGACAAAAGCGGCGACUUUACUUCCAUCGGCAUAAAAGAUGGGCAUCUGGAAUUCCGUUAUGAUGCUGGGACAGGUAUGGCUGUGAUCACGCACCCCGAGAAGCUGCAAGCAGACGAUUGGGUGACCGUGUCUGCAAGCAGGAGUGCUCAGGAGGGAUCCUUAGUCCUAAACGAUGGCUACAAAGUUACGGGCAGGUCGCCUGGUGCCGCCAUGGGUGUGAACCUGAACAUUCCCAUGUACGUGGGUGGUGUCGAUAAGGACAAGAUCAAGGUGCACCCUGGUGCCGGGGUAUCAAAGGGCUUUGAUGGAUGCAUUUCGAGUAUUGAAGUGAACAACCACAACGUAGACCUAAUCCAGGCAGUGGUAGAUGCAUCGAACGUGGCAGACUGCGGCGGCACAACUCCAUGUGCCAAGAGUCCUUGUCAGAACAAUGCAAUGUGCAUCGAGAGGGGACCAGGUCCAAAUGACUACGAUUGCGUUUGUAAACGAGGCUAUACAGGACUACGAUGUGAACUGGAGGACGACUUCUGCUCCAAGACCAAUCCGUGUCAGAAUGGAGCUGCAUGCAUUAAUGACGGCACUACGUACAGGUGCAACUGCCCAAAGGGUUUCAGGGGGCCUACCUGCGAAUUCCGUACGCUCUUUGAUGAGAGCGUAAAAUUCAACGGCGAUGGUUGGGUAACACUGAGUCGGGACCUCCUACCGCACGCUGCAAGCAACUCACCCGAAGUGAUCAAGCUCAGCUUCUCCACAACAGAACGUAACGGCUUGCUUCUUUUCCAAGGCCAGCCAGUGGGCGUUUCUGCAAAGGGGCAGGAUUACCUGUCUCUUGCUGUGGUCAAUGGCCACUUGGAAUUUAGCUACGAGAUGGGAGGUGGACCAGCCCAGAUCACGUCGGACCACAGGGUGGACGACGGGGAGUUGCAUACGGUCGAGCUGAAGAGGACUGGCAAACGUGGCAGCCUGAGGCUAGACACGCAUCCUGAAAAGGAGGGUGAUUCUGGAGGCCUUUUGAUAAUGCUCAACACCAAGAGUGAUAUUUAUAUUGGUGGAGCUCCCGACCCGCAGGAAAUGACUGCUGGAAGACAUGCUCAGGGAUUCCGAGGAUGCAUCUUCAACGUGCAGAUCAGAAAACCCGAUGUCCUUAACUUAUAUACAGAAUCUUUAGAGUCUGCCAAUGCAGAGCAGUGUGAUGAGCAUCCUGGCAGCGGAGAUUUCAGCGUCUUCAACGCAAUAAGCAACAAGUGACCUUCCUACCGGUAACAGAACUACAGUUGAGAAGGCCUUCAACGUCUCAACCGACUCUCUUAUGUUCCUGGGGCUAGCACAAUUUUGUUUUUCUUUCUUUUUCAUACUUGCGUACGUAGGUAGGACUUGCCUUUCAGCAUUACAGCACGCUGUCACCGAGCCUUGAAACAGAAAUCAAUCAUGCACCCACAUGUUUCAGCACAUUUUUUUUGUUGUUUAUCGCAUUUCUUGAUUAUUUCUGUCUAGUCUUAAACAAGGUGACAGUGCUACCUGAUACACAUGCAUUUCAUUCGGGUCAUUUGCACACGCUUUAAGACGGGUGUGCUCACACGCUGCUCAUCUAUGCAUGAAUUCUCCUUCGCGUUGUUGAACAAAAUGCUGUGUGUCGUAAAUCUGUUUGUUUAAAAAAAAAUGCAUUCGCCGUGUCGCUUCCAAAGUGUAGUUGGGGAGAGAACGUUCACAAGAACGCUUCGGACAGAGUGUGGGCUUGUUAAGGGACGUCCAUACUAAAAUCUAAUAGAUAAACUGGGUCGGAAUAUUCUCAAGUUCCUUUUUAGCAGUUAAAAGUGUGAGCCAAACGUGAAAAGCUUGAUCGCAGUUGUGUACAAGUACUUCUAAAUGGAUGCGUUUCAAGUACUAGUUGUUACUCAUUUUUAUUCUACACCUAUGCUGCAUUUCACCUCUCUCUGUCCUAGUAUUCUAUCUCUGUUAUUAACUGAACAUAACUCAGUUAUGUAUGCACGUGAAGUAAAGUAACUGUAGCUAGAGAAACUCUGGCAGUUAACCGGUGGUACAAGUGACGUAACUUCCUUUCUCCACCAAGCUGUCGAAUUUGGCAGAAUGGACUACGCAGGUUAUUUCGAAACUUCGUAUUUGGGACCAUUCCGGCCUAGUCUGUCGACCAGCCCUUUCUCAUCCCAAAUUAAAUGGGAAUUCGGGCUCCCAUUAGUCCCGUCCUGCACAAACAAGGACACUGUCCCGGUUCACACCCGCUCGUGUGAUUUUUUCUUUCUCUAACAUAAAGACUGCGAUGUGCCAAAUUUAUACCGCAAAAAAAAUUGUUUCGUCUAAAGGCAUGUAACACGAUCCACUCCCAUCCAUUUGGAAUUCACGAUACACACACAAAACUCUUGACACUCAUACAUUAUUCUGUUGUGAGCCAUGUACAUUGAAAGUCUUGACAGCACUGGUACUUGUGUAGAAGCGGAGAAGAGAUUGCUUAUUUAUGAAGGUGGACUUUUGUACCCUUUUUAUAUAGAGCUGCUACGAAGAGUGAAGUCAAAGAUAGGAGGCAGGAUGUGCAUUCUGUCUCGGUGUUGUGUUGUGUUUAUGCAGACACUGCAAUCGGACAAGCGCCGACUUUGCUGUAGAGUUUUUUUUUUUUAACUCAGUUGCAAUAGUGACCCGGUGUUGACAAAAAGUUUCUGAUGCAGGAUCCUUGUUUGGUAUGACUGGUGUGUAAAUACACGUUCAAGGUGUUCAGCUGCGGUUGUGGCUCCACUGCCAUUUUACAUAUAAUUGUGCUGCCUCUAAAGAUGCGGCAGAAAGAAUCACCUCGGCUGCUUUUGAUUUUUUAAAUUUUUGUUUCUGCAAAAGCCUCUACAUGAAAGACAAUAAAAAUGACAUUUAUUGUUGA